CAAAACUCGACUUCAUCGAUACAUCAUGACAGUGACGCUGCACUCGUUAUUGCCAGCACUACUAUGCCUGCAGCUCGUCUCGGCCAUAUCGGACGACGACACCACCGCAACGGUCAAGACCAUCUUCGACUCUGGUGAUGGAAUGGACAUUAACGGCGUUAUUCUGGCUAUUGGAGCGCUGCUAGUCGGUGCUCUACUGCUCGUAGCUGGGUAUCGUCUAUGGCAAACAACUGUCUAUGCGUUAGGCUUCCUCGGUGGCGGUGUAGUCAUCGCCGUCAUCUUCGAGAAGGUCUUUAAGGACGAGACGUAUGUGCUUACAGCCUCGUGGAUCGCCUUUGUAGUCGGUGGCAUUAUCAUUGGCUACAUCUGCGUGUACAUCUACUGGGUGGGCAUCUUCAUGGGCGGAGCGGUCGCUGGUGCAUCGCUCGCCAUCCUCGUCAACACGUCGUUCGGCUACAAGUUCGCUCCGUCUCAUCCGGCCAGCGUUCUCAUUGUGCUGGUCGCUGUGUUUGCCAUAAUCGGCGGUGGCUUAGCCCUGUGGCUACAGAAGCCAGCGCUCAUAGCAGGCACGAGUCUAGUUGGGGCAUUCCUCGUGUUCUGGGGGAUCGGAUACUUUGCCGGCAAUUAUCCGACAUUUAACGACCUGGCGCGCUUCAGGACGUACAACUCGAGCGGGGAUCUGGUCUACUCCAUCCCUGGGGCUUGGUGGGGCUACCUCAUUGGUACAUUGGUGGUUUUCGGCUUCUCCGUAGUGCUCCAGUUCCGGUUUACGGUCGAGUACCACACGUUGGAUCGACGAUACCGCGACGAGCAGGACGUGUUGCCUCGUCAUACAGGCGACAUGACGCCUGCGAGAGUGCAAUACGCUAAUAUGGACACACCAGCCGUACAGACUCAGUACCAACAGCCAUUCAACCAACAGCGCUAUCCAACUUCUAACCAGGUGCAAUGGGAAGACCUGCAAAGGCAACAACCUACGCGACAGACUGCAAGUCAAAGCCAGCCGCAGAGCUACGUGGAUACGUCGCUGGUGCAGCCGCAGUACCAGCAGCGCCAGCACGACUACCAGAUCUCCGAUAUUGUUCCCAACACGGCCCGACCACAUUUUUCCGAGUCGAGAACGCCUCCUAAUCGAGCUCCGAGCGUGCCACAGUCCCACAUCGUCUAA